AAUUAGUCUCGUGGGAAAGCGGGAUGCCUUUUACCUUGUCGUGACGUUGGAACUUUACGUGAAAGCCUGGGAGACUUGGGUAUAAAAAGGACCCACAACAUGGCAGAGGCAUCACACAACUUCAGGUGGAUCUCUUACUUGCUACCUCGACUUCUAGUACUCAAGAAGAUCUCUCCAGUCUCAGGAUGAAGGCAUUCUACACCGUAGCCCUUUGUGCUCUGCUCUGCGUCGCCUAUGCCGAAGAAGCUAAGGUGGAAACCAAGGCUGAGGAGAAGAAGGACGGCAAGGUAGAAGGCCGUGGGGGCCUCGGAGGUCUCGGAGGUCUCGGAGGCGUUGGGGGCUACGGCCCAGGACUUGUAGGUGGCGGGCUCGGUGGAGUUGGACUUGGUGGCGCUGGGCUAGCUGGAGCCGGACUUGGCGGCGCUGGGCUGGUUGGAGCCGGACUUGGUGGUGCUGGGCUGGCUGGAGCCGGACUUGGCGGAGCUGGUCUCGGUGGUGUUGGCCUUGGUGGACUCGGUGGACUCGGUCACCACGGAUUCGGUGGUCUGGGCCAUGCCGGUAGCUUUGGCCAGAGCGCUGGUGGAUUCCAGGGUGCUCAGAAGGCAGGUGCUGGAGGAUACCAGCAGGGAGCCGGUGCCUUCUCUGGUGGAGGAUCCGCAUCCAAAGUUGGAAGCUUCAGCGACUCUCAGGGUUAUCGCCACACCAGUGGAUUCUCCGCUAGCGACGCCAAGAAUUUCGGUACCGGUUUUAACCAGGGCGCUGCAGGAUUCAACAAGGGAGCCGCUGGACACAAGGCAGGCUUUGGAUCUAGCGGAUACGGCAGCAAUGUUGGCAAGGCCGUUGGAGGAGUUGGAGGCGUUUACUAAAAAAUCUCCGAGACCCAGGCUAGUCAAGCUCGCCAAGCACCAAGUUGGAAGAUCCUGACACAGCCAACGAACCCAAAGCUUCAUCCUUUACCAACUUUUGUUGUUAUGUCCUGUUUCUCUUUUGAACCGUGACAAUAAACUACGAUAACUUUUACUCA